AUGUUAGACAACUUUGAUCCUGAAAAAGAACUUUACAAUUCACUCCUUCUCAAUUCGUUCGGUUUAAAAUCAUUUCAUCUUAUUCCACAAUCUUCUAAAUUAUCUCAAUCUAAUAUUUCUCAUGAUAAACUUCUACUGUCCAAAAACGCAAGUACGACGCCUUUGAUGUAUGAAGUAAAUGGGAAGAAUUCUGAGGGAAUAACGACUAAAGUAUAUGAGAAAUGGGAAUAUAAUUUGGGAAUGGCAAGAGCGAAAGUUGUUUUACUUGAUUUAGUCAAUAUAUACCAUGAUCAUCGAGAUCAAAUUGUUCUCACUGGGGUCGUGGACGAAUCUGGAGAAAAGGAGAAAACGACUCUCACUGGGAUCGUUGACGAAUCUGGAGAGAAGGAGAGAACGGCUCUCAGUGGGAUUAUGGACGAAUCUAGAGAGAAAGAGAAAGAGAAAGAUGACUUGUCAUCCAUUAAAGUCGAAGUAUCUGUAGAAAAAAAGAAUGACGUCUUAAUUCACUCUGAUAUCGUUGAAGAAUCCGUACACAAAGAGAAGAAAGAAUCCAACCGGAAUAUCAAAAUUGAAAAUGAGUCAAGGGAGGUGAAGGAAGAUGAAGUUCUGCACAAGAAAAGAGAAGUGUCAAAUGAAUCAGAACGAGGAGAGUGCAUAGGAGUUGGAGUACAAAAAGGAGGUAAAACAAUAAUCAUUCAUCUUGAUUCUAAAGGAUAUUCAGAGCAGGAGUAA